UGCCGGGAGCUGGGACCUCCUCUAUGGUCACAAAGUCGCGAGGUUUCCUGGGCCAAGAGGCAACCCGAGGCGGCAUCCAGCACCAUGAAUCCACUGAUACCAGUUCCUGCCAGUCAGGCCUGAAACCUUGGCCCCUGGAAGCAGCCAGCAAGCCCUUCGGGGUCUUCCUCUUUGCACGGCUGAGCCAUCCCACAUCUGGAGCAGAGUCAUUCAGGUGACAAGUGACGGUGGUCUCCACCAAGACCUGAAAAAUGGCAUCUGGACAAGGACCAGGUCCUCCGAAGGAGGGCUGCGAUGAGUCCCCGUCCCCUUCUGAACAGCAGGUUGCCCAGGACACAGAGGAGGUCUUUCGAAGCUACGUUUUUUACCUCCACCAACAGGAACAGGAGACCCAGGGGGCGGCCGCCCCUGCCAACCCUGAGAUGGACAACUUGCCCCUGGAACCCAACAGCAUCUUGGGUCAGGUGGGUCGGCAGCUUGCUCUCAUCGGAGAUGAUAUUAACCGGCGCUACGACACAGAGUUCCAGAAUUUACUAGAACAGCUUCAGCCCACAGCCGGGAAUGCCUACGAACUCUUCACCAAGAUCGCCUCCAGCCUAUUUAAGAGCGGCAUCAGCUGGGGCCGCGUGGUGGCUCUCCUGGGCUUUGGCUACCGUCUGGCCCUGUACGUCUACCAGCGUGGUUUGACCGGCUUCCUGGGCCAGGUGACCUGUUUUUUGGCUGAUAUCAUACUGCAUCAUUACAUCGCCAGAUGGAUCGCGCAGAGAGGCGGUUGGGUGGCAGCCCUGAAUUUGCGUAGAGACCCCAUCCUGACCGUAAUGGUGAUUUUUGGUGUGGUUCUGUUGGGCCAAUUCGUGGUACACAGAUUCUUCAGAUCAUGACUCCCGGGGAGCCCCGCUGGGGCCCCAGCCACAUGCCUGGCUGGACUAAACCGCUCUCCCUACCCCGCCCCCUACCCCCGACCCCGACAGUCCUCUCCUUCCUCCCGAGGGUUUUAGCAAACAGGCACCCCUGCUUUGGAGAGCCACCGCCCAGGGGUCAUCAAUACCCCAACAUUGCAUGGUGCUACUGAACCCCAUCCUGUCUCAGAGACACGGAUUGAUGCACUGGGGGGCGGGGGGAGGGGAGAGGCUGGGCCACUAAUUCCCAGAAAACUAGGU